CUGCCCCAUGUGGAGUCUGCCACGGGGCAGGGCUCUGUCCUGGGUGCCACUGCUGCUUCUCUUCAGCUUCUGGCUCCUGGUUACCUAUGCUUGGCAUUUCCAAGAGGAAGAGGAGUGGAAUGACCAAAAACAAAUCGCUGUUUAUCUCCCUCCCACCCUGGAGUUUGCUGUAUACAUAUUCAACCAGCAGAGCAAUGACUGGUAUGCCUACAAGCUGGUGCGUGUCCUGGAUUCCUGGAAGGAGCAGGGUUACGAUAAGAUGACAUUCUCCAUGAAUCUGCAACUGGGCAGAACCACGUGUGGGAAGUUUGAAGACGACAUUGACAACUGCCCUUUUCAAGAGAGCCCAGAGCUGAACAAUACCCGCACCUGCUUCUUCACCAUCGGAAUAGAGCCCUGGAGGACACGGUUUGACCUCUGGAACAAGACAUGCUCAGGCGGGCAUUCCUGAGUGGGUCCUAGCCACGGGCCUGGCCACAUGCUGUCCUCUCCUUUCCAGCACGUCGGCAGUUCCUCAACAUGGCCCUUCAGUGCCUGAGCAGCUCUGUGCUUGUGUGUUCUUACUUUCCAUGUGUUAGGAGUUCAUGCUCAGGUAUUUUAGAAAUUCUUCAUUGUCUAAGUUCAUCAUGUAGUAUACAUCUUAACAAUUAGCAUUUUAAGAAGCUUUGUGUGCCAUGAUU